GCGCAGAGCUUGUGGCUGCAGUUGUCAUGGAAAUGGAAGAGGGCCCAGCGUCUGACCGGUGUACGGUUGCCAUGGAGAUCCCUGCCGGAGUUGAGCCCAGGGCGGUGGAAGGAAGCAAGAGCACCGCGCAACUGGAACUCGAAGAGCGGCACGAGCAAGUUCAGCACCUUGGAGAGCAACAACACGAAAGACUACCGUUUUGUCAGGGGAGCUAUUACAUGCUGAUCAUCAUCGGGGAGGUAGCAACAGAACACCAGCUCCAAUCUGUCAGACAACACAUUGAGCAAGGGAUUCGCUCAUGGGAUAUCAGCCUGACCUCCUGCGACCUCAACAAGCAGCUGCAGCUCUUUGUGGAGCGACACUCCGCCCAGUUCUCCUCAGGAGUCAGAGGACAGAGAAUUCUGCAAUACAAAAGUGAAGUUCUUGACACUGUUGUUUUAGUAAAUCCAUUAGGAGAUACAGUUGCCUCAGAGAUUAAGUCGGCGAUCACUGACCCUGCAGCACACAAGCUACUGGUUCUAAGUGGCCAGAGCUCAGAUCAGGGCACUGAUCUGAUUCUGCAAAGUGGGCUGUUCACCUUCAAAAACUUCUCAGACAUCUUUGCUGAUCCUGGGGUCAGUGAUCUGCUGAGCAAAGCAACCCCAGGCCACCGGGCCACACUCACAGUAUCCUGCCGAGGAGAGGGGGGUUGGAGCUCCCUGGGGCAGCAGCAGCCGCACUUUCGGGAGUUCCUGGAUUACAGACUGAACUCCGAACCUGUGCUGCCUGAAAUGGAGGGAGUCACAGAAUUCACAGAGUACAUCUCAGAGACAGUGGAUGUCCCAUCUCCUUUCGAUCUCUUGGAGCCACCAACCUCUGGAGGUUUUCUCAAGCUGUCCAAGCCUUGCUGUUACAUUUUCCCUGGGGGUAGAGGGGAUUCUGCACUGUUUGCAGUCAAUGGUUUCAACAUCCUUGUAGAUGGAGGCUCUGACCGUAGAUCGUGUUUCUGGAAGCUUGUCAGGCACCUGGAUCGGAUCGACUCCAUUCUACUCACUCACAUUGGAGCAGAUAAUCUCCCUGGCAUUAAUGGACUCCUGCAAAGGAAGAUAGCUGAACAAGAUGAGGAGCAGUCGCAAGGCUCCACCACCUACAGUGACUGGAUGAAGAAUUUGAUAUCUCCAGAGCUUGGUGUUGUGUUUUUUAAUGUUCCUGAAAAGCUGCGGAUGCCUGAAUCCACCUUAAAAGUCAAGCGGAGCAUUGAAGAGGCUUCUCUCACACUGCAGUACCUCAGCAAGCUGGGGAUCAAGCCGGAGCCACUCUUCAGGGUGGUCAGCAACGCAAUUGAGCCCAUCACACUUUUCCACAAGAUGGGUGUGGGCAGGUUAGACAUGUAUGUUCUGAAUCCGUUAAAGGAAAGCAAAGAAAUGCAGUUCCUCAUGCAGAAGUGGGCAGGCAACAGUAAGGCUAAGACUGGAAUUAUGCAGUCUAAUGGAAAAGAAGGGGAAAUAUCUGUUCCUUACCUGACAUCGGUUACAGCUCUAGUGGUGUGGCUCCCUGCUAGCCCUACUGAAAAGAUUGUUCGAGUACUGUUUCCGGGAAAUGCACCCCAGAACAAAAUCUUGGAGGGACUUGAGAAGUUAAAACACCUUGACUUUUUACGCUACCCUGUGGCCACUCAGAAGGAUAUAUCUUCUGGUACUCCCCCUCCAGUGAUAAAACAGACAAAAAUUAAGCAAAGAACGGACAGCAAAGAAAGUCUUAAAUCUUCUCCCAAGACACAUUUAGCAUCUAAAGUUGCUAAAAAGGAGGUAAAUGGGCAUGAUGACACAUCAGCUCUUGAAACAAAGAGUGAUUCUGCAAAAGAGAACAAGGUUGAAAAGAAAGAAAAGAAACUGAAAGAGAGUGAUAAAGCCAAUAAAUCGCUGAAAAUGAAAACAGAUGUGUCUGAGACAGCAAAACAAGAAAAGAAGAAGUUGUCAAAGGAGAAGACCCUGAAAAAACACACCAAGGAAAGAGCCUCCAAGAUGGAUGAGAAGAAAGACAAAGAAAAGAAGGAAAUCAAAAAGGAAAGGCUUGAAGUGAAGAAAGAUGAUUUGGCUAAAAAGGAAGAGAAGAAAGAAACCAAGGUGAAAGAAGACAAAAAGAAGGACACUGCCAAACCAGAGCUGAGAAAGAUCACUCAACCUGACCUGAAACCCUUCACGCCAGAGGUCAGGAAGACCUUGAACAAGGCAAAAGUUUAUGGGAAGCCUAAAACAGACAAAAACAAAGCUAAAUCUGCCAAGGAACAAUCAGCUGAACAGAAGCGUACAGCGGGAACAGCUGCUGAAAAGACUCAACCAGAGAAAAAGGUAGUCUUAGAAGACAGGUCCAUAGUGUCUUCCCCUGAAGAUCUCACUAAGGAUUUUGAGGAACUGAGAAGGGAUGAAAUUUCCAAGCAGCAAGCAAAACUGGUGCAUACUGCAGAUAACACUGUCAUACAAAGUCCUUAUCAGAAAGAACAGGCAGAACAAAGGAUUGUUUCCAAGACAGAAACAACAUUUCCACCCAUGGAUUCUCCAGAUGAGGGUAUAACAACAACAGAUGUGGAGACUGAUUCCCCACAUGAUGAAAAACAACUUUUAAAAAAGAAGACUGAAUCACCCGCUAAAUCUAGAGAUAAAUUUGAAGAUGAAGGAGCAGACAUGGAGGAUGAUGAUGAGGAAGCUGAAGAAGAGAGGAUAGGAACUCUCAAGAAGAAGACAUUGGAUGAAGAAGAGGAUAUGGGUAUGGGGGAAGAGGAAGAUGAAGAAAAAUGGAAGGACAGGAAAAACAAUGGAAGGCUGGACAGAAAACAUGAGGAGGAGAAAAUGGAGAAAUGUGAGAAAUAUACAGCAAAAGAUGAAAUGAAAAAGGGGUUCAAAAAGACUGCAUCUGACGAAGAGGAGGAGGAAGAUGGUUACGUCAUUGAAAAGGCAGAACUGGAGGAAUCUGAGGAUUUAAAUACAAUUGCUGAUGAGCUGAAAAUUAAAACAGAAGAGGGCAACAAAGCAAAACGUGACAGGGAAUGGAAUGCUAAACAAACAGAAAGGAAAAUGGCUGGUAAAGGGGAGGGAGAUACAUAUAUCUCAAACAUGGGAGCUGCCACAGCUAACUUUACAUCAACCACACAAGGUGCCACUGCAGCAGAGCCAAUCUCAUAUAUUCAAGAUGAGACCAUUCCUGGUUACUCUGAAACUGAACAGACUAUUUCUGAUGAGGAAACUGAAGACAGGAUUCCACAUCUUCGAUAUGAAGUUGGCACCUAUGAUAUUUCUGUUCCAGAUCAUACUGGAUCGUUUGAUGCCAUCCAUGGCAUGCGAGAGAUGAAAGCAGCAGCUAUGCAUGAUGUGUCAGAUUUAACAGCAAAGGGAUUUGUAGCUGGGCAGGAUCCUGCAUUGGCUGUCUACUCCACCAAUAUUAUUACUGCACCUUUGGCAGAAGAAGAACAUAUUUCUUCCGCCACAUCCAUUACUGAAUGUGACAAACUAUCAUCUUUUGCCACCUCUGUCGCUGAAGACCAGUCAAUAGCAUCUGUGACAGCACCUCAAACUGAAGAAACUGGAAGAAGCUCUUUGCUUCUUGACACUAUCAAUAGCAUACCUUCCUCAAUCCGUACUGAGGCUACUCUGGGAAAGGAGUACUUACAUUCUGCUGGGACUAUCUCACCAACUUCCUCCUUAGAGGAGGAUAAGUGCUUCAAAUCCCCUCCUUCAGAGGAGUACCAACCCGUUGCAGCAGAGGCGGAGGCUGGAGGUAAGAUCACACGAGUCCAUGAGGAAGAAGAUGAAGAGGAAGAAGAAGAUGAAGACCAGACUCCCAAUGUUGACAUUCCACUUAGUAAACUCCAGGAAGGUUAUGCAUCUCCUUCUUUGUUCCAGGACAGGGAAAAAGAUUUUGGAAAGCCCCCUUCAUCUGUGACGUCUCCUAUUUCAGCAUCUGUGGUGGAUAAGACUGAACAUCCACCAGUCAUGUAUGGAAUGCAGGCUUCAAUCUCCAAAGACAACACCAUGUUUGGAACUGCUGGAAAACCAAUAUCUCCGCCACCAUCUUUCACCAGUUCUUUUCAAGAGACAGAGGAAAGGUGUCUCAGUCCUGAUGAAAGUACUAUGAAGUUAGCUUCACCAACACAGUCUGGACCUACCAGUGCUGGCCAUACACCUUUCCAUCAGUCUCCAGUGGAGGAAAAGACUGAGAGGUCCCAAAGCCAACAGCAUAUAAAAGAUGAAAAGGAAACCCAACAACUGGCUGUCAAAGUAGAUGGCAGAGAAGACAAGAAAGACUUUGCACAAACACAACAGAAAGAGGAGAAGUCAUUCACAGGAAAAGAAGAGGAAAAAGAUUGUAAGACAAACAUUUCCAGAGAAAGAAUAAUAUUUGCAGAAACUGAUGAAGAAGAUGAAGAUUACGAUGAGAGGAGGGAUUUCAAAACACACACUAAAACUAAAUAUAUUGAGGAGAAGGAGAGCCGUUUCCUAGAUGAGGAGUACACAUGUGAGGUUAAAUCCUCCAAAGAUGAGAAGAUGGAGGAAAAAAAAGAGCAAGAGAAAGGUUUUGGAUAUGACUACUUGCAAACAACACAGGCUGUAUCAGAUAACAAACUGGAAACUUCAUACUUAGGUCAAGGACCCAAAACUCGAGGCCUGUACUCAGAUGAAGAAGAGGAUGAGGAAGAUGAGGAAGAUGAUGCCAUUUGUAUGGGUGGUGCAGGGUCCAGGCCUUUGUCAUUAGAGCCUAGCAAAUUAGAUUACAUGUCUCAAGGUUUGACCUCUGCAUACUCAUCCCAAAGUGGACCCACUGAUCAAACAAAAGAGACAAGUGAUGAAUAUGCAUCCACAAUGCACAUGACUAAAUUAUCAACAGAUGAAUUGCAAACUUCACCUUACCAAAGCACAUUGUCCAAGAAAACUGAUACUUCAUCAUCAUCAGUCACUUUUGCAGAGACAGCCACUUGCAAAUCUGAUAUGAAAACUGAACCCUUUUCUUAUUCCACUAGCACUGGGACUGCAUCAAGCACUGAAGGCCAGAGCAAAUAUGGUGAUUAUUACUCAAAGGAGACAUCAGAUCUGGUAACAAAGGUUGAUGAGAAACCAGGAAAGGAGAUAUCUUCUUCAUAUUUUCACUUGGAAAAAGAUGUGACACGUAAGUCCUCUGUAGACCAGGAAGACAGUGAUUUUAUGAACAAAGUUAAAGGGGCAGAUAAGUAUCAUCCAGAUGAAAAAACAAUCACAAAGGAUUUUGAAUGGGAUUCAAAGAAGAGAGUCCAAUUCACUGCAGGAUAUGAUGAAUCAACAGGAGUCGAUCCUACCGCCAAACGGACAGUUGUCCCGUCAGCAGUUGGUGAAAAGAAGACAGGGGAAGAUAGAAAAGAUGGAGUAAUUCCAUUUAAUAGAAUGGAUCACCACACAGUCACUUUUUCUGAACCUGAAAGAAGUGUCCAUUUCAAUCUUUAUUCCUUCCCUGAGAGAGAAAAUGAUGAGAAAGGUCAAACAGAAGAACAUGAGAGGGAGGUGACAAGGAGACAAGAUACUCCUUAUGUGGAUAGUAAGAGUUUUACAUACACAGAGAUUUAUGACACUAAAUCACCUCCUGCAAUGGACUCAUAUUCAUUUGCUUCUGGUCAUAAGCAGGACUACCCUUUUAAUUUUGCAAAAGAGAUGACAAGAGAUAAAGAUUCAAUAAAAAAGGAUGCUGAAAAAGGUGUGUCAGCUGAAAAUGAAUCUUCCUUUGCAUCGUGGGGACAGUCUAAUCUGGAGGUUCAAACUGCCACAGCCUCAUGCUUGAGUGGUGUUUGUGAGAAGCAGUCUAUGGAGACAGAAAAAGAAUCGACUGAACUAACUAAAGGGAAAAAAAGCAUAUCAGAGUCUGAGAAGCCAAAGGCUUCUGGUCACUUUUCACUAGAAGGGAGUGAUUUUUUCUCUUCUCGAAAUCAGCCUGAUAAGGAUAGUCAGGAGACUAUAGCCUCCUACACUGAACCUUCAGGUCAACACUUGGAUGACAACAUCCUUUCAUCUGAGCAUUCUUACAAAAGUACUUCUGUUGCCAGCAAAACUAUGACAAACCCCUUUGAGAAAGAAGCAACUCUGGAAAUUGGAGCUACAAGGUUAGUAAUGGAAGAAGAAGAUGAUGAUGAGGAUGAUGAGGAGGGUACAGAAGACGAGGAAGGGGUGAGCGACUCAGAUUUGGAAAAAGGAGCAAAGGAGAAAUCUGAAAAAGAGUCUAAAAGUCCAUUUGGUGAUGUGAUCAGUUCUAAGCUCCCAGAUAUUAAGCAGAAAGAAGAACAGAAGGAAAGCUACUCAUGUGAACAUGAAUACCGCUUUGAUGUCAAGGGAAAGCCCUCUAUAUCAGCACCUUUUGAUCUGACUGGUAGUAGCAGUAGCCAGCAUACAGAUGAUUUUCUUAAAAAAAGCAUGUUUGGUGCUCCCUCCCCCAUCACUGGAAGCUACACGGAUAUGGGACUAACUGGAUCUAAAGGAUAUACUUCCGGAUUUGAGUAUUCCUAUGGUGAGGAUAGCAAAGACUCUUUCCUUGAUAGCCAAGUAAGGGAGAGGGCACAAGAAGAUGAGAGUCCUGAUGAUCCUGACUUCCCCAUGCUAACUAAGUCAGGUGAAGAGAAAUACUACCACAGCGAAAAAGAUCUUGAGUUUGAUAAACAGAAGACCCCCGACAUUUUAAGUAAAAAAGCAGGGGAUGCCUUUUCCUCAGGUUUUAGCUACACCACCACAUCUGCCACUGCAUAUUCAUCUUCCUCAUCUUACAGUUAUUCCUCCUCUGCGUCUGCCUCGCUCUCAACCAGCCGUCAAUUUGGAGAAGACUUGGAGACACCCGCCACCACCUCAGACACACUCUUUAAACCUGAUCCUGAUAGUGCUGGCUUUGAAUAUUCAUCUUUCAAAGAUGAACACUCCCUUGUGAUGGACUCACCUUUUUCCAGCUCUGGGGGGUUAGUAAAGGAUGAGUAUCUUGAGGUCUCAGAAAAGCUGACCACUGCCACGACAACUGCUGAAUCAACCUCCAGCCUAACAAGAUUUUCUCCUCUCAGUCCUUUUGAGGAGAUCAAACCCUUCCCUCCAUUUUCAGCCACUCUAACAGAAAAGGGGGGGCAGCUUUCUGAACCCUUUUAUAAGCCGGAAUGGGCUGAUGACUCCAGACUGCCCACAGGUCCAGAAGUAUCUGCACCUUAUUCUCAGCUGUCUCAGUCUGCUGAGUUGGGGUCUGCAGCACAGGGUAUGUUUGAGGCCUCUUCACUGCAGCAAGCAGACUUGAAAGAAAAACAUUUAUUGAAAGAGACAGAGGGCAGUGAGGAAGAGGAACAAAGCACCUUACCCUCUAGAAUUGAUUGCCAAAGAUUUCCAACUCUUGACAAAACAGAGCAAAAGGGAGCAACACUGUUCAUCUCUGGGCAACAGGCAGUUAGCACCUCAAACACAAUUAGUUCUCUCCCAGAUGUCCUAUCCUCGUACCCCUCCCAAUCUCAACAGGCUGAACAAGGAGCAACUGCCAACGGGCCAACAGAGGUCAGCACAAUCCAGCCACAGCCUUCAUGUGGGUUUACUGAAAAACCCCACACUGGAACAUCAUUUUUACAAAAAACUGAGCAGAAGGAUGUAGAAAAGACUAUAAGUGAGAAGAAAGAAAGGGAGGAAGAGAAGAAACUGAGCAGUAGCACAUAUGAAUGGGGAAUGCAGCAGCAAAGAGGUAUGUGUCCAGGGGCUUCCCCUCCUCAUUAUCGAGAAGAAGAUGAUUAUGAUGAGGAAGAGGAGAGGGAACCAGAGCGUCCAGCUCGUCCUCUCUCCCUAGCUUCAGCUGACCAGACCUUUCACUUGUCAUUCUACCCAGAGUCAUCAAGUAAAUCAGGAGAUGAUUCUGACUUCCCUCCUGAUGUCUGCAUGGGGGCUACUUCUUCAUACACCUCCUCAGGGUCUGCUGGUUAUUCCUCUUGUGAGUACAAGCAUCGUAAGGGAGAAAUUUCUCCAUCAUUCAUCAACCCAAGCCCACACCACCUUUCCAGUGAUGAAGAUGAAAGGAGUGGCCAGUCACAGGAAGGAGAUGACAACCAACAGCCUUCUGUCAAGCAGAGAUCACAUAAACAUCAACGCCACCACACUCACAGUCAGCAUGGAGAGGACAGUAGUUCCCAGCACUUCCCUGGUGCUAUGGCUAUUGGGCUGGGGCUCGCUGGAGAAGAAACGCCUCCAACUUCUGUGAGUGAGUCACUGCCCUCGCAGUCAGACUCUGAUGUCCCGCCUGAAACAGAGGAGUGCCCAUCAAUCACAGCAGAGGGUAACCUGGAUUCAGAUGAGGAUGCAGAUUAUUUGCCAGUGGAUAAAUCGGUAGCAGCUGGUGGAGGAGGCAACCACCACUCAUCCUCCUCUAGAUCAUCGGAAAGGAGUCACGACCCCCCGCCUACACCGAUGAUGGACCCUUCCCCUCGUCCUCCACACCCUGAUGUGUGCAUGGUUGACCCAGAUGUUCUUUCCAAUGACCAGAACCAUGCAGAUAAACUGCUCAAGAAGGACACGAAGGCUAACAAAGGCUUGCGAAAGUCCCUUGGAAAGCCAAAGUCAGUCUCUCCAGCUCGUAAAGCGGAAGGCCGGGGUAAGAGAACUACCCCUGUUAAACAGACAUCCAAGGACUCUUCACCAAGGAGAUUAUCUCUAAAAAAGAAGGAGGGAGAGAAGGCAUCGAGGAUGUCAGAUGGGGACAGGGAUGAGCUGUCCAGGUCAAGCCAAAACCCAGGAAGAGUCAAUGGUGUUAAGAGCAACUCUGGUUCCAACUCGCAAAAACCCAGUUCUGUUGUUCCCUCUGGACCGCCUAUCUAUGUAGACCUAGCCUACAUCCCAAAUCACUGCAGCGCUAAGAAUGUGGACCAGGAAUUUUUCAAACGCGUGCGUGCUGCGUACUAUGUGGUGAGCGGAAAUGACCCAGGCAGUGGGGAGCCAAGCCGUGGAGUUCUGGAUGCACUUCUUGACGGAAAGUCUCAGUGGGGUUCCAAUCUCCAGGUGACCUUAAUACCUACCCAUGACACCGAAGUGACCCGCGAGUGGUACCAGCAGACCCACGAGAAGCAGCAGGAGCUAAAUAUCAUGGUGCUGGCCAGCAGCAGUACAGUCGUCAUGCAGGAUGAGUCUUUCCCUGCCUGCAAGAUCGAGUUCUGAUCCCACAGGUUCAGGCCCCUGAUUCAGUUUUAGUGUCUCAACCCAUGUCCCCCUAUCUGUCUCUAAGACUAUGGAGUGGUCUUAGUUUCAGCCUUAUAAAUACAUUCCCUGUUUUAAACCCCACACCGCUUAAUUUAUUGCCAUUGCUAUCACAUGUUACUGGAGUCCUUGAUGUUUCUUUUCUGCAUUGUCACUGAAUGAUCACUGAUCCCAGUCAUUACAAAACAGAUAUGUAUAAACAACGCUGUAACAUAACUUCUAUGAAAGUGUGCCACAAAUGGAGAAGCAUAUCUUUCUCUGGGUUACUUUGGCUAAAGGUAAACAAGAUCUUUAAACCAAAAUGAUACCUGUAUAAAUACACUAGUGCUUCAUAAAAUGCAGCAAUGAAAUGUAAGCAAUCCAUAGUAUUUCACUCUUGUUAUCCCUAAAUACAAGUUGUGUAUAGGGCCCUGAAAGGGAAAACAUAUAUUAAAUAAAUGAUAAACAUUAUAAUUUAUUUUCUUUCAAUUCAACUUUGGGCUUGAUCAAAGCACAUCAAAGCACAAGUAAUCUAAUAUUUAAGGAUGUAACCACACAAGUUCGGAAAACCUUAAUUUUCUUGAAUUGGUUGAAUUUGAAGAUAAAACUGUUGCUCUUCAUUUUUAAAUAUUUAUUUUUUGUAUUUAUUUGGCAGACAGUCCUGCCCAGAGUGUUUUACUGGACUAUCAUAGCAAUAUUUAAUAUACAUUUUCAUUUUUGUAUUGUACCUAUUAUUCAUACCACUCACCUAGCCUUUACAGAUAAAGUCGAUGGCCAAAUCUAAAGCCUUUACGUUCAUAAAAGGCAGUGCAACUGAGUUUUAAGUCAUGUCCACAUUGGAUAUUAAUCCAAACCUCUGACUGCCACCUGUCCUACUAACACCAGCUUUGGUGGCAAACCACUGCUGUGCCUCUUGGUGUUGGCACAGUGUUUAUAAAAUUAUAAACACAGAUCAGUGGACCCUUUAAAGUUUUGUUUUAGAAUUUUACUCAACCCAAUAAAAAUAAAAAAAACAUUGAAUGUACAACAUAAAAUUUAAUGUUAGUUAAGAAAAUUGAUUAUUAGUCUGCUAUAUCAGAGAUUGGAAUUUAAAAAUCCUGAAGGUGUUACAACAGUUAAUAUGGUCUAAUCUGAAAUGGAUUUUCUUACUCAAGUUUGGGACCUUAACAUACAUUUCUGUCUCUGGCAGAGAAAAACAUGUAAAACAAUAAGGAUGUAGUUGUUGUGGUGGUGCUCUUGCUAUUUGAUUAUAUUAAAAUGUAAUGUAGUUGGAGGACACUUCAUUUUCAUGUGGCAAAGGGUGAUGUAAUGCAACCUAAACUGAAUGAUCAUUUUGUCUUCUGCUUCGCUAUGUGGUUAUCUAUUUUUAGGCAGCUAGUUUGAGUUGAGAAUCUUUAGUUUUUUUAUUGGAAAUCUUACAUGAACAUUGUGUCUUUGUAUGAAAGUGUGCUUUCAUUUUGGCUGGCAGUCUCAGGCUGUGAUCAGGCUAGUUGGAGUGGACGGGCUGUAUGUCUCUGCUACUGCACACAGCUCAGCUGAAUGAAACCUUUGUUCUCCAGCCAAGUUGAUUUCUUUAGGUUGAAUACACUGCUUUGUUUGAGACGUGUACUCCCAAGGAGUGUGUGAAAACAUGUACAAAUAUCCUGGUGUGUAGUAAUUAUUUUUGCUACCCUCACAUUAUUUCUGAUGAUUGCAACAAAGUGGGUUUUUUCAGCCUAUAAAGCUAUUGAAUUGGUCUUUAUUGAUUGUAGUGAAUUGGCAAAGAGAUAAAUGCAUAUUUUAUAAAUACAGCACACACCUGAAGUAAAAUAAUUACUGUUGUCAAAUAAUAAUAAAAGAAUUACUUCAGGACAGAACCUCAAAGAGAUUUGUUAGGAACCAGCUUAGUUUAUUCACAGGGUCAGGGCUGAAACCACUAUCUUAUUCCCAUGAUUACAUUAUUCAUACUUUCUAGUAAAAUAAUGAUUUCUGAUUCUGAUUUAUUUUAGUAUAUUUUUGAAGAUGGUCAGGUUGUGUUACAAUGAACAAGCUCCCUUUUUGUAGUUAAAAUUUUAAUUGAACCUGUAAGUCCUGGAUUUAUUUGCUUCUGUAUACGUACUUUGAUAUAUUUGCUGUGUAUUUUUCCAACCCCUCUCCCUCUCAGAAGGCAUGAAUGUGCAAAAGCAAAGGGCAAUAUACUUGCACAUGUUGAAAAUGUAGCAAUAGGAAUUGCUUGCCAUUGUCCAGAUUGUACUGUUUUACUGUGGUAGCUUGUGUAUUUGGGUCAAUGAUGAGUGAGGGCCUUGUUGAAUCAUUUAUCUGAGGUUAGAUGCAGGAACAUAGUGGGUGCAUUUUAAUAGGCCACUGAGGUGUGACUGUCACCCAUGUGCCUUGGGGCUUUAGCCUGCUGAAUUGUGGAUGAGUUGAGUUGACAUUUGGGGGGUUCUCACGUUUUUCUUAAUCAUAGUAUUGAGGGGAGACAGAGCUAGGAGUCACAUCUAAGGAUUAAAGGUUGCACUGGAGUAAUAAAAAUAGAAUGGAGUAUUUGCUAGAUGUAGCUUAAAUAGCAAGCAAUGCUCCACUUUUCCAUUAUUUUGUGAUGCCCUAAAUUGGAAGCUUUUAGUGAUUUACUGUAGAACAAUAGAAGUACACCACUUUUCACAAACUGCUAGUGUUCCAUAUCCCCAUGGUGAAAAACAUAAACAAUCUGAUAAUAUAUAACAUAGCAUUUAUAAAUUGCAGUCCUAAAGUGGUCCUUCUCAGACUUAAGCACCGAUUAAUGUGUUUUUGCCAAUAUUUUGAAGAUACAUUGCAAUUUUAAGUUGGUUUUCAUGGUAGGUUUUCAUUACUUUGGCUGAACUGUUGAAUAUAAUAUGUGGGAGCACUGUAUUUUGGAGUAACAAACAGAGUUGCAACCAGUGGCAAAAGGCUUGUUUUUUCUGCAAAUACCACAAACUAAUGCUAAUAGAUAUAAAUGUUAUUUAUAUUUAAAGUAUUAUUUGCUGUGCAAGCGUUUAAGAAAUAUUUUAGUAUUGUAAAAAUGCUUAUCCAUGACAGUAUUACCCUUUUUAUUGAUUUUGUUUUGAAAUGUUACUUGGCCUCACUAACCAUAGGUGGCUUCUUGUUUGUAUUUUCUCUUUUCUUUAUAUUAUGUGACAUUUUUGAGACACUGAUUGACAAAUCAUAACUUCCUUUUGAGAGUGCAGUCGUUUAGGUAUCUAUCGAAUGAUUGUUCAACAGAAGGUAUGGUUUUUCUUGUACUGCAUAACCUAAAAAAAUAUAGAGAAAAUAAUCUGAGGGGUGGGACCAUUGAGGAAAGAGGCUGCUUAUAACCCAUUUCUACUGCACAGCUGAAAUCAGGCUCUCUGACCUGUGUUAGGUUCCAUGUGGUAUUUCACUGUGCUAGAGUACCAAAAUAAAAAUAAUAAUUUGGGGCCGUUUUAUUGUGGGGAAAACAUUUGUCAAAUUGCCUUACUGCAGAGAAUGCCUGAGCAGUUGUCAUGAUCAGUGGAGAUGCCAGCAUUUGGAGUGACUGGUUGUACGUAUUGCCAGGGUUGCAGCUAUGAAUUCUCAGGCCCGGGACAAAAUAUAUAGGGAGCCCCCCAUUAUUAUUUUAAUAAUAGUAACAAAUUAAAAGUAUGUAUACAAAGUGUCCUAGUUGUCUCCCCCUAUCUGCGGCCCUGUGUAUUGCAGUCAUACUGUGCUGAGUCAGCCAGCUGUGGCUGCAGCUUGUACUAGCCUGGUUCCAGCAAUACAUCACUAAGGGACAUUAGGGUAUGCAGGGAGUCUUUACACAACUGGUCGACAGAGCCAUGCACCAUCUUGCAUGUCAGGCAUAUCCACAUCAUCUAAACAUCAUCAUGGUGUCAUUGCUGUCAUCAUGGUGGCUCCACUACAGAGACUUUGCAUUACCAACCAUCUUACAUUAAACCGUACCAUUUGGAAUACUUUGAGAAAUCAAUGAAAUGAGCUGCCACCCAGUUUCCCCUUGGGGUAUAAUAAGCGUAUGGUGGAAUCAGCUAUCGCCAGGGGUCAAUUUUGUCAUUAGGUCAAAUUCUUUGUUUAGGUUUCCUUCUUGUCUUUGCAUGCAUUGUACAAUAGAGAGCAGUGUACAAUAGGCAGAGUCUUACCAUAGUCCAAUUUCCUGUACUCUAGUAUGACUGAAACGACCUGGUAUCUUUAUAUGUCUUUGUUUUGGGUAUUGACAUUUUUCUUUUGUCUCAUGUCUUCUAGUGUCAGUUCUACUGUGAUGGAGCCAGAUGGCUUGAUCCCAAAAACCUGCCUUUAGUAAUGGGUACUCAAUAGUGAGAAGUUGGUGCCCAACAGGAAAAAAAACUGACAAGUAGUUUUUCUACAAAAAUAUAUAAAACAUACAAAAACAUGUAGUGUGAGCUCUGAGGCAGAUGUGCUAACACAAAAUAACCAUUUUCAAUGCAGAGUAGUUCAUUAAGACCCGAAGAACUUGUGAGACAAAUGUUAAACACACAUUCUGAAAUAGAUGAAAUGAUUAAACGAAAAAGGAAAGGUACCACUGAACGAAUUUUCCCUGACCAAACUGCACUGUCUAAAAGGCUUGAAUUUGAAGGUGAAAAAUCUGAAGAAUAAUUAAAUAUCUCACUAUUUGUGUGCUAAUGCUAUUUAUACUGAUGCUGUGGUUUCAUUUAUAGUACUUAAGGGGAAAAAAACAUCGCUCAUUUGAAAAUGGCUGUCUUUAUCUGUUGCCAUGCAAAUGUGCUGGUUUAACCAGGGCUGAGAGGUUGUAUGUACUAAAAACAUCUUUGAAUUCAAAUGCAAACUGACUUCAGACUGAUGUAUUCAUAUACAUGAAACUAUGAAUAUGCAUAUUCAAAACAAACCUGACUGCCAGAUUUUGUGAUCUGAUCAUUCUAGUGAGACGUUUUGUUCUUUGCAGGUUUUUUUAAUCGCCUGUGCGAUUCAUUUUUCAAGAAAAUAUAAAAUGUGAAAAAACAGCAACACUGGUGUACUGUUGCAUUCUCCACAAGCUUACCUUUGAAAUGAUCCAAUCAUCUAAGCAUAUGGAUCAUUCAAAUGAGCCCUGCUUGUUUCUGCAUGUGAUCUUAUAAGUUAUACUCCUGUAUGUAAUAGUUUAAAAAUAAAAAAUAAUCAAAAUACUAUUUAAAAAAAUAUUUUAAAAAAGCAAACUGUCUUAAUGGUACUGAAAUGGCACAUGCUACUGGCCUCGCUUCUCUUCUCGCCGUGGGGUGUCGUAAAGAAGGCCUCGUGAUAGUUAUUAUUUUUGCGCUGUAUUAAUCUUAGUUCAGCAGUUAUUUUGUGUGCAAUAUUCUGUAUCUCUCUCUUUAAAUCUAAAAUAAAAAAAGUAGAACUGCAAAUUUAUUGUAAAAGGGAAACAGCCUGGUGAUCACCAAUAAAAUACAUUUAUUGAAAAUCA